CUAUGUAUGUUUCCUUAGAAGUUCCACUAAGAAUAAUGGAAAUUACUCUCAAGUAAAUAUGCAGCCUAAGUCUAGCAUUUGAGUCAGGUUCCAGAGUCCUGCUCCAAACUCAGAUCUCAUCGUGAUACUGCCGUGUGCAUUGAAAAGACCAUUUCACACAACUGUCUGGGCACAUUGUGGCUGCCUGAAACGUCUACACAUAUAGAUGCAGACAGGAUUCAGGCUACAACCUAUACAACCUAGCAACAACGUUUAUUAGGAAAUGUCUUAUUGAACUCUUAUUAGUUAAGGAGGCCCCACAAAUGCUGAUCCGCACCCGCCUAGGGACAGCCCUGACUCUCCCUGCGCGCAUUGUUCAGGCAGUUCUCUCCCUCAUCUAGGAGACGCAUGCCAGGCUGUGGCUCGCUUCGCUCGGCGCUCAACUCAUACUGUUUGCCUGUAGCCCAAGUCGCGGCUGCUUUGCUAAAGAGAAGCCUGUCUUGUCCAGCCCAACCAGCCGAGCGCCGAGCCGGAUUUUCAGGAACAAUAACAGAGGCGCUGGGGCUGAGGGAGAGGAGCCGCGCCGGCCCCCUCCCUCAUCCCGCCAGCCAGGCGGCCUCCCUUCCCCCCACCUCGCUGCCCUGCUCCAUAAUGUACGCCUUCGUGCGGUUCUUGGAGGACAACGUGUGCUAUGCACUGCCCGUGUCGUGCGUGCAGGAUUUCAGCCCCAAAUCCCGGCUCGACUUCGACAACCAGAAGGUCUACACAGUCUACCGCAGCCCGGCCCACGACCCGGAGGACGGCGACGAGAGCCCUGGAGCGUGGGGGGAGCAGCCGCUGCUGCACAAGGCCCAGAUCCUGGCGUUGGCAGAAGAUAAAACAGAUCUUGAAAACAGUGUAAUGCAGAAGAAAAUUAAAAUCCCCAAGCUAUCUCUGAAUCACCUAGAAGAAAUAGGGGAAAUUACAGAUUAUGGGGAUGAAGAUGUGGAACUUAGACACUGUAAGAGACAAGAUGGGAGGAAACAAAGUGAAGGUACACACAAAAGCAUUGAAGCAGUUGUUGCGCGCCUUGAAAAGCAAAAUGGAAUGAGUCUCAGUAGCAAUUCCAGUCCUGAGGCAACAUUUAUGGAAACUUCAGAAAGGAUGAACAAUAUGGACGAUGCUGUAGUUCCUCGGGUUCUUUAUGAAGAAUUGCUGAGAAGCUAUCAGCAGCAGCAGGAAGAAAUGAGACACAUUCAACAAGAACUUGAGAGAACAAGGAGGCAGCUUGUUCAGCAAGCAAAAAAGCUAAAGGAGUAUGGGACAUUAGUGUCAGAAAUGAAAGAGCUCAGAGACUUGAACAGACGGCUACAGGAUGUACUGCUUCUCAGAUUAGGCAGCGGUCCUGCCAUAGAACUUGAAAAAGUUAAAGCAGAAUCCAUUGAACCUGAGCCUGAAGUACAGAAGACGUUCAGUGAGGAAGCAAACACAUCAACCUACUAUCCUGCUGCUGUUCCAGCAAUGGACAAAUAUAUUCUUGAGAAUGGAAAGGUCCAUCUUGGCAGUGGCAUCUGGGUAGAUGAGGAGAAAUGGCACCAGCUGCAAGUAACGCAAGGAGAUUCAAAGUACACAAAAAACUUAGCAGUUAUGAUCUGGGGAACAGAUGUUCUCAAGAACAGAAGCGUCACAGGAGUUGCAACCAAAAAAAAGAAAGAUGCUGUUCCCAAACCACCUCUGUCACCUCACAAAUUAAGUAUUGUCAGAGAAUGCUUGUAUGACAGGAUAGCACAAGAAACUGUGGAUGAAACUGAAAUUGCACAGAGACUCUCCAAAGUCAACAAGUAUAUUUGUGAAAAAAUCAUGGAUAUCAAUAAAUCAUGUAAAAAUGAAGAAAGGAGAGAAGCAAAAUACAAUUUGCAAUAAAUUUUGAAUUUUUAAUAAAGUGUUAGUGUUUUA